GUUAAUGUAAAUAUUGGUAAAUUGUUUCUGGAGAACCUCAGCAUGUUGUUUCCUGCAUUUGAAGCAUAUUGUGUCAAUCAACCAACUGGUGCUGCCCUCCUAAAAUCUCUUGAAAGCGAAAAACAGUUGUUACGUGUUUUCCUUGAAGUUUCACAGAAUGACAACCGGGCAGUUCGUCGACAACACUUAAAGUCAUUUCUUAUGGUGCCGGUACAAAGGAGUAUGAGAUAUCCGUUGCUACUGAACCGUAUUUACAAAUCAACGCCUACUUGGCAUGAUGAUAGAGAGCGUUUGCAAGAAGGUCAGAGGAGAACAGAAGACUUUUUAGAAGAAGUAAAUGUGCAAAGUCAAGGUAGCUCUGCAACGAAAUCUACAAUAAAACAUCAUGGCUCCUUCACUACAUCGAUACCAAGCAAUAUCAAGGCAGAAAUUAGAAAGGUUGCGGUAGACAGUGUUUCUUGGAAUCUUGAGACUGUACAUCUUGUUCAUAUGACACAGCUCCUACUAGGCCCUGGUCUGGAACAAAUAUGGCAGAAGAUGAUCAGCACCCCCAGGCAUGUGCCAGUCUACGCUGUGCUUGUUUGCACUGGAAAGGUGGAACGUUUUUCAGAGAUUGAAGCCAACCGACCAAAAAAUGGAAUGCUCUUUCCUCAUGUUGAUGGGGACAGAAAAGCAGCGUUUGUUCUUGUGAAAGAAAAAACAGCGGGAAAAUGUUCAGUUGUUCGAGAACCGUUUCGCCUUGGAAGAUGCAUUGUAAGUUCAGAGUCCGAGUCUGUGGAUGAAUUUACCUUGACGGAGAUGGAAGGAGAUACCAUUGACCUAAAGUGUGAAAACUCUGAAGAUUGCGGUAAAUGGUUGAUAAUAUUGAAACAUUACAGUGUUCAGCUUGGAUCUUGGAGACGUCGUCGAAACGCCCUCGCAAAUAUCAUGAUAAACCAUACGCUUAAGUCUUGAGAACUGCAUCCCAGUUGGACAUUUGGUUCUCUACACACAACAGACCAACAGAAGUCAUCUUGUAUCAUUCUCCUGAUGACAGUCAGAGCAAUCUCACCGAAAAGUUGAGACAAUCAAAGAGUGGUUUUGCCUCA